GUGUUCGGAUUUUCUUUUUCGUUUUUCGGACGAUUUUUCGAGAAGAUGGCGAUCACAAGUCUACAGCAAUUUUUCUUCAGGCGGCGAAGCAGACCGUGUUUUUAUACAUAGGGGAAGAAUUAUGCACUAGCUUCAGUUGAGCUAAAGACAAAGACUUCAGCUCGAAGAGUAUACAGUAGUGUGUUACGAGCAGACGACAUAUCUCUAUUGUUGCAAAAAAAUCGAAAAGGAUAAAACAAUCCAAUCGAUCCAAUUAUCGAAGGAACAGUGCGAACAUGUUUCGUAAACUCCGUAUUUUGUGUCUUCACGGGUAUGGCCAGUCGGGUAGCCACCUGAAGCAGAAGAUCGAGACGUCCGUGUUUACUACCGCGAGCGACUUUUUGCGGGACAGCAUUGAGUUUGUUUUUCUCGACGCCCCGCAUGCCGCGGAGGGUGAGUUCGGCCUUGUGCUCCAACGAGAUCCGAAGAUCCCCAAUCCGCCCGCUCCGGCGCGGCGCAAAGCAGACAGCUUUAAAUGGGCGGAACCCGCUGCGCUGCUGCGCACGCCGGAACCGAAGCGGUUUGCCGGAAUCUACGAAGGUUUGCCGGAUACGCUGCGCUACAUCGGGCGGAAGUUCGCCGAACUCGGAAACUUCGACGGCCUGCUCGGGUUCUCCCAGGGUGGCAUCAUUUGUCACUACAUCGUGAAUUUUGUGGUUGGGCGCUACGGCGGAGACUUCGAGCUGGCAGCCGCAGCGUUGGAAAGAGGCUUCAAUCUGCAGACGAAAAACUACCUCGCGGAACACUUCGGUUUGCGCGAGAACAUGCUCGCGGGAGGACGAGGGAGUGGCAAAGCCUUGGGAGGACCACCGGCAGUUGGGGAGGAAACGGAAACAUCAAGACGUGGUUCAUCUGAAGCACCCGCUCUACCGCACAUCGAAGGGGUCACGUACGACGCGCUCCCGGGUAACCCUUCGCUCUCUGUGCAAAAGUCCUACAUUAACAGCAGCCUUGUAUCAAGCGCGGGGCACAACUACCGAGCGAAUAUAGUACAGAAAAAGGUGCAAGCAGAACACGAAGAGACAGAGCCUCCCGCUACGACAAGAAGUAUGCGAACAACUAGUAGCAACACCAAUGCCGCCGUGCUGAGCCUUCAGUUUCUCGUGGUGAUCAGCAGUCCGGUGCCGCGCGACGGCAGCUUCCCCACGGAAGGCCGGCUGCAAGCAAUGAAGCCACGGUUCCCGGAAAUGUCGUGCCUCUCGAUUCUGCAGGAGGACGAUACCGUGGUUGAUCCUUCGUUGAGUCUGACGGGGCUGGUUGGCAACUAUGACCCCGUCGUGGUUGUGAAGAACAAAGUCGGCGGCCACAGAGUUCCGAAGGCAGAAAAUGUGAGUGCGGAGGACAUCGAAAAAAUCGUGAACUUCUUCCAGCACGAGCUUGACCGGGCACUGAUUCUGAGGGGAACAGCAGGAGCAGAAGAGGCGUCAUCCACGACCCAGAGCACCUGCACCGAGGAAGGAGGUCCAGCGCCAGCUGCAAGAAUGCCAGCUCCAAGGUUUUUGGCGAAGUUAUGAAUCGGAGGCUAUCGCUAGUGUAGUCAAGGCCUUCUUCCACUUUGAGAAUACUGAACAGAUUUACCAUUUCGCUCGGAGGUAUACAGAAAGAGAAGCCUGCGCAGUUGUAUCACCGCGCGCCGAUUAGACUCUGCCUUCAAGGAAGAAUAUCGCUGUACGAAUGCACCGAGUUCUACACUUUUCGCUGAAACUGAUUCUGUAAGAAGUGAUCAUAGAGUAGAUGCAACCGUGAUUGAAUAUUGAUACCUGUUGUUCGUCCACAUUUUGCUGUAUUGAUCAAGCGAGAGGCAGGCGGUCCUGUCGAAAGUUUCUUCUAU